AGUUAAAAAGAACAAUUUAGAGCUCUUUUUUGCAAAAUCCCUGAAAACGAGAGCCUAUUGCAGACUUUUUCUUUUGCGGGGGGCCUUCUUUCCCUUUGGUGGAACAUGUUUUAAAUGGAAGCCAGAACGAGGGAUUAGAAAGUUAGUGAAAGAGGCAGAACUCUUGGGGUCAUUGGUGAGGGGGACUGGGAAAGAUCGACCGGCUUUUUCCGAUGGAGAAGAAAAUAGAAAUAUACCACGAGAAGCAGCGCCUGCAAUUCUGCCUCUUACAUGCGCUCAACAAUCUGCUGCAGGUGAAGGAAUCAUUCACAAAAGCAGAGUUGGAUGCCAUAGCUGACAAACUAGCAGUUGAUGAUACAAACGAAGAUUCGUGGAGUAUUGCCUCUGUAAUCUGGAAGCCCCACCACAAUAGUUUAACUGGUAAUUAUGAUGUAAAUGUGCUUAUUGCAGCACUUGAGGGAAAAGGUAAGAAGGUUGUAUGGCAUGAUCGCCGGAAUGAUGCGUCUGCCAUCAACCUUGACCAAUCACCAGACACUUUAACUGGUUUGAUGCUCAACGUUCCGGUGAAACGGUUUGCCGGGCUUUGGAAUAGUAGGCACUGGAUUGCAGUACGGAGAAUUCAUGGUCUUUGGUAUAACUUGGACAGUGAUCUUCGUGAGCCUGUAACUUUCAAAGAUGAUAAUGAAAUGAAGGAGUUUUUGAAUGCAAGUCUCACUGAGGGAGGUGAGAUUUUGAUAAUCUUGGAGGACGAAGAGUGA